AUGUCCUUCUAAUUCAAAAUAUAUUAACUGGGCUGGUGUAUCCAAUUUCUUCUUGAAUCACCAUCCAAAAGGCUACAGGUUAAUUCAUAAACGCCCAUAUUGCGCUGCAUAUUGCAUUGCCCCAGGGGAGAGGGGAAAAAAAACCCCAAACCCUAGUGACGCAACAAUGUUUACUCUGGCCCCUUGGAGACAGCAGAAAGAGGAAAACCCCUGAGCUUAUUGAAAGAUGCAGAUUGGGAGAACAGCAAAGGAAGGCAGUCUCCGUCUUCGGGAUUUCCCAUAGGGGUCAAGCCAUCACUGCCUGGCAAGGAGUGUUACGCUUGACGUGGGCGAAUUCCCCACUUUCCUUGCGAGAAAAAGGAAGGAGGGCGCCCACCACAGUCCCUCCCCGCCAGAGGUCAGACAAAUUCGUUCAAUAGCUAGGCAAAAAACCUCCCCUUUGGUCGCCACAGCAACGCCUCACCAUCUGCAGCCGCGCCGAGCGGUUCCCUUUGCCUCUGGAUUGGCGCUGCGAGUCAGGAGGGGAAACCCAGCGCUCGCCCCGCUCCCUUCCGCUCUCUCUGUUUUUCCCGGGCAGGAUCGAGGGCGGCCGUGAGAACUGCGCUCCGGCUUAAGCACAAGAAUUCUUAACACGCGCCUUGUUUUCGCUCCCCUGCGCGCCUUCGGCCGUCUCCUUCUGCACCGCGCCGCCGCAGUUACCGCAGCAACAUGGGCUCGACCCCGGACAGCCACGAGAUGAACGGGCUGACCACGGCAAUGGGGAACGGGAAUGGCAACGCCGGCGGCGACGCGACGCCUCCAGACGAGGGUCGAAGACAGUGGCUUCGGACAAAUAGACAAAUUAACAUGAACCAUUAUGCCAAUAAGAAGAGUGCAGCCGAAAGCAUGUUGGAUAUUGCUUUGCUCAUGGCCAACGCAUCCCAGCUGAAAGCGGUGAUGGAGCAAGGACCCUCUUUCGGAUUCUAUGCUCCCCUGAUCACUCUCAUCAGCAUCUCACUCGCACUUCAGAUUGCAGUUGGCGUGCUCCUAAUAUUCCUUGUUAAAUAUGACCUUAAUAAUCCUGCAAAACAUGCCAGGCUGGACUUUCUCAAUAACCUUGCCACUGGACUGGUGUUUGUUAUAGUAGUUGUCAAUAUAUUUAUCACUGCUUUUGGAGUUCAGAAGCCGUCUAUCCCAGAACAGAAAGCAUAGAAAGAGGCCAACAUUCUUUAAAAUUCUGAAGACAGUAUCUGUAUUUUGUGCCAGUUUCGCUUGGAUGAAGAAACUCAACAAGGAUGUCUUUCUAUGAGUUGGAUUAUUUAUCAGAAAGGCCAUUUUAUAUAUGUUCUUGAUCUUAUAAAAAUGAUGGGCUGCCAUUUGGAGGAAAACUGAUUUUUAUUUGUAGCGUAAAGAGUUGCAACCAAAGAUGCUUGCACUGAACUUUCCACAUAAACCUAAUAGUAUUGCUUCAGGAAAAACCACAGUGUAAAUCCCGGAGACUUUCUUAUGACCAUUGAAACUCAGUCCUCAUGCCUUCACAGAAAUGCUGAACCAAGAAUGAGAGCAUCUAUAUAUGAAAGCAUGGACUUUGCAUAGGUAGUGAAAGACCCAUGUGCAUUUCAGCAUUAAACAGUAAUUUUGUCUACAAAACUUUCAAAUCUCAAUGAAUUAUGUAGAUAUAAAACCCAAAUUGUUCAUUAUUUAUAUAAUUUCGUAUGAAUAAUUAUAUCUGGUAGGGUGCAAUG